AUGCUUGCCAAACACGGUGGUGGUAUUGUUCUGAGCAAAUCUGCUUUGGAGCAUCCAGAGGAAGUGAGGAGUUCUCUUGAAAGCAUUCUCCACGAUGAAAGCUUCACUAAAAAUGCGAAACGGCUGUCGGAGAUGCUGUUGAAUCAGCCAGUCAGCGCCAAGCAGCUCCUCAUCAAACAUAGCGAAUUUGCCGCCAGGUGA